UAAAGCCCAGGAGCUUCGCGUGCUCAGAAAAGGCUCGGGAACGCUUGCCGCAUUGCAUUGUGGAAUACAUAGUGUACCAGAAAACUCUUCGGGCACAAACUCCCGACCAAACUCACGUGUUUCGUGUUUCCCUUGUGAACUGGCGUCGGCGGUCGGGGUGGGGCAUCAAUGAAGAGUAGCUACCGGAUUGCGUCAUAAAACCGCGACCAGACGGGCGGCGCCAUCUUCGAACUUGGACUUCCGGAAGGACUUUGGUGAGGGGGCAGCCAUUUUAGCGUGUGCUAAUGGAUACCUACGGGGUCGGCUAUGUCGCCCUGGGGGAGGCCGGCCCCGUGGGGAACAUGACUGUACCAGACUCUCCUGGACAAGAGGUGCUACACCAACUUGAUGUCAAGACCACUUCAGAAACAGCCAGUACAGAGGCUUCCAUACAAAUGUCUUUGCCUACCCCUUUGUCUGGAUUUGAGGAUUCUCUUGAUGAGAAAAACCUCCUUCCGGAACAGGAAAGCCUUUCUAGACUGGAACAGCAAGAUCUUUCUUCAGAGAUGUCAAAGGUCUCAAAGCCUAGGGCCUCAAAGCCUGGCCGGAAGAAAGGUGGUAGGACACGGAAAGGCCCAAAAAGGCCCCAACAGCCUAAUCCUCCAUCAGCCCCUUUGGUUCCUGGUCACUUAGAUCAGUCCAACCCUCUCUCCACCCCUAUGCCUAAGAAACGAGGCCGAAAGCCCAAGGCAGAGCUGCUACUGCUGAAGUUGUCAAAAGGCCUAGAUCAGCCAGAGUCUCCACCUCCAAAGAGACCCCCUGAGGACUUUGAGACCCCACCGGGGCAACGGCCUCGCCGAAGGGCUGCCCAAGUGGCACUUCUGUAUCUUCAGGAACUGGCUGAAGAGCUCUCAACAGCUCUGCCAGCUCCAGUGUCCUGUCCUGAGAGCCCCAAGGUGAGCAGUCCCACCAAACCAAAGAAAACCCGGCAACCAUCAACCUGUCAAGGUGGAGGAGAGGGGGAGGAUGACACCGCACAAGACGAAGACUUUGUUCUCAAGGUUGAGGCUGAAGAUGGAGAAGAAAGUGAGGCCCCCAGUGAGAGCUCAUCUGAUCCUGAGCCUGCUGUGCCCCGAAGCACCCCACGAGGAUCCACUUCAGGGAAGCAGAAGCUACACUGCCGGGGUGUGGCUCCCAAUGGCUUAUCAAAUCACAUCAUGGCUCCUGUUUGGAAAUGCCUCCAUCUCACCAAGGACCUCCGAGAACAGAAGCAUUCAUAUUGGGAGUUUGCAGAAUGGAUUCCUUUAGCCUGGAAAUGGCACUUGUUAUCUGAACUUGAGGCAGCUCCGUAUCUACCCCAGGAGGAGAAGUCUCCACUGUUUUCUGUACAACGUGAAGGACUUCCUGAAGAUGGCACACUUUAUCGAAUAAACAGAUUCAGCUCGAUCACAGCACACCCAGAACGCUGGGAUGUGUCCUUCUUCACAGGGGGACCUCUCUGGGCUCUGGAUUGGUGCCCAGUGCCAGAGGGGGCAGCAGCCUCACAGUAUGUGGCCCUUUUCUCCAGCCCUGACAUGAAUGAGACACAUCCACUGAGCCAGCUUCAUUCGGGUCCUGGGCUACUUCAGCUCUGGGGCCUUGGGACCUUGCAGCAAGAAAGCUGCCCUGGCAACAGGGCUCACUUUGUCUAUGGGAUUGCUUGUGACCACGGCUGCAUCUGGGACCUCAAGUUCUGCCCCAGUGGAGCAUGGGAACUUCCAGGCACCCCUCGGAAGGCUCCUCUCCUGCCCCGGUUGGGGCUCUUGGCUCUUGCCUGCUCAGACGGGAAGGUGCUGCUGUUCAGUCUGCCCCAUCCUGAGGCCCUGCUGGCACAUCAGCCCCCAGAUGCAGUGAAGCCCGCCAUCUAUAAGGCACAAUGUGUGGCAACCCUUCAAGUGGGGUCUGUGCAAGUGUCAGACCCCUCUGAGUGUGGUCAGUGCCUUAGCCUGGCCUGGAUGCCCACCCGGCCCCACCACCACCUGGCUGCUGGAUACUAUAAUGGCAUGGUGGUUUUCUGGAACCUUCCCACUAACUCGCCCCUGCAGCGGAUACGGCUCUCCGAUGGCUCCUUGAAGCUCUACCCUUUCCAGUGUUUCCUAGCCCAUGACCAGGCUGUGCGUACCCUUCAGUGGUGCAAAGCCAACAGUCAUUUCAUAGUGUCUGCAGGGAGUGACCGGAAAAUCAAAUUCUGGGACCUUCGACGACCUUAUGAACCAAUAAACUCUAUCAAGCGCUUCUUGAGUACAGAGUUGGCCUGGCUGCUCCCCUACAAUGGUGUCACUGUGGCUCAGGACAACUGCUAUGCCUCUUAUGGACUCUGUGGAAUUCAUUAUAUUGAUGCUGGCUACCUUGGUUUCAAGGCCUACUUCACUGCUCCUCGAAAAGGCACUGUCUGGAGUCUUUCAGGAUCCGACUGGCUGGGGACAAUAGCCGCAGGAGAUACAUCUGGGGAGCUCAUUGCAGCUAUAUUGCCUGAUAUGGCACUGAACCCAAUUACUGUCAAGCGGCCUGUAGAGCGAAGAUUUCCUAUAUAUAAAGCAGAUUUGAUGCCAUAUCAGGAUAAUCCUGAAGGUCAAGACCACUCUUCUGCUUCAUCUGGUGCCCUCAACCCUCCCAAGGCUCGAACUUAUGCUGAAACUGUCAACCAUCACUACUUGCUCUUUCAAGACACAGAUUUGAGUUCAUUCCAUGAUCUGCUCCAUAGAGAACCAAUGCUGCGUAUGCAGGAGGGAGAGGGGCACUCUCAGCUCUGCCUGGACAGGCUGCAGCUGGAGGCUAUUCAUAAGGUACGUUUCAGCCCAAACCUGGACUCCUAUGGGUGGCUCGUAUCUGGGGGACAGUCAGGGCUGGUUCGGAUCCAUUUUGUCCGUGGACUCACCUCCCCACUGGGCCACCGUAUGCAGCUUGAAAGCCGAGCCCACUUCCGUGCUGUGUUCCAACCAUCCUCCCCUACUAAAGGGCCUGGCUUCUCUCCAACCAGCCAUCGCCUUCUGCCCAAUCCCUAGUCAUAGUCCACAUGGGACCCUUGGAAUGAAGUCUGUCAAGAACAAAUGGCUCCCAUGCACAGACCAUAGGAACUGGGGCCUUGGACAGUGAUGCUGCCAGGCCUGGACCUUUAGACCUGCCUCCCCAGGACUCUUUAGAUACCUCUCCUUCCAUCGACUUCAGCUGUCAUCACAACCCCCUGUGGCAGGGGGGCUUGCCCUCCACAAACUCUCAAGGCUCCUUAGCCUAAAACUAUGGCUCACAAGAAACAUUCAGGCCUGACCUAGGCUUGGGAGUCAAAUUGCUCAUAUUGAGCAUAUUGUGAAGUGGGUAAAGCUAAGUAAAGGUACUGGGUGUUUUUGAGACCACAUGUGAGUGGGUGUUUAGAAAACUGGAAAGAGUAUCUGCAUGAAGGUUUCUGCCUGACUAUAUUCCAGGAUCCAAUAUUACUGCCUUUCCAGCUUCCUGUUCAGAGUAACCAACAUGCAAGCCAUGGAGGUGGGGGGUAGUACUUUAUUGGACUGAAGCUGCUUAUAAUAGUUCUUUAACUGAGAAACACCACAAACACACUACUAGUAGAACAGUGGCUCAGAUCUUACUUGCUCCUGCUUAUGAAAUAUUCCUGAUCACUGGUCAUCUGACCCUCUUGAACACUCCUAGACAGUCAUGUUUUAAAACAUCUUUAUAUCCAACCAGAGAGAUACCUCUAAAUUUUACCAUGGGUAUUAGGAAAUUUAGUCACUCUUACCUGUGAUUGCCCUUUUAAGUGUUUAAAAUAGCUAUCGUGUUUCCCAAGUCUUUUCUUCUCUAGAUUAAAUAUCUUCGGUUAC